AACCGAAAAAGAAAACCGAAAUGGGCGGGUUCAAACGGUCUAUCGGGCCAGUGAUUAAAAUAUAGCAGUUUCAAUUGGGUUUAUAUGGGCGGGUCGGGUUCAAAAUUCUGAACCGCGGAUACCCUAACCCGCCCAAUUGAGAUACCUCCUACCUAGGGUUUUCCAGCAGAAAGUUCAUUCUGUAUUUCCUGUUCUCUCACUCACACGGUGUUCUCUCACUCACAGCCAAAGCAUUUUUUGUUCUCUCACUCACAGCCGCACCUCCAAAGUUGGGGAUGAUCUUCCUCCUAUUGUUUUGGUGCAUGGAAUUUUUGGAUUUGGCAAAGGGAGGUUGGGUGGUUUGUCAUACUUUGCUGGAGCUGAGAAGAAAGAUGAGAGGGUUCUUGUUCCUGAUCUAGGGUCUUUAACAAGUAUCUAUGAUAGGGCAAGGGAAUUGUUCUAUUAUUUAAAAGGAGGACAGGUUGAUUAUGGUGAAGAACACAGCAAGGAGUGUGGACACUCGCAGUUUGGAAGAAUCUAUGAACAAGAGCAUUAUUCUGAGUGGGAUGAGGAUCACCCUCUUCAUUUUGUGGGACAUUCUGCUGGAGCACAGGUUGUUCGUGUUUUGCAACAAAUGCUUGUUGAUAAGCAUCACAUCCUUAUCUGGAGCAUUUAAUGGGACUACAAGAACCUACUUUGAUGGCAUCCAGUCGGAAGAUGGGAAAACAUUGAAACCUAUUUGCCUGCUACAGCUUUGCCGAAUUGGGGUGAUACUAUAUGACUGGUUAGACAUUGCCUGGUUGAAAAACUACUACAAUUUUGGGUUUGAUCAUUUCAACAUGUCAUGGAGAAAGAUUGGUGUAUGGGGUCUUGUUGAUUGCCUAUUGGGGAAUGCAGGCUUUGACAAAUAUUCUCUGGAGAAACUGAGGGAGGCAUCAGCUGCUGAAGCUGAGGCAGCUAGUGCUGUUUGGCAAUCUGUGCAAGCUAUAUCAAGUAGUCCCGUUGAUGAAACAUCUGUGUCAGAUGACAACUCACAUGCUGCAGACACAGUUGCAGAUGGAAGUGACACAAAGGGAGAUGUUCACCUUCAUCCUAGAGCUGUUGUAGUUGCUAAAGAGGCUAUAGGUAACCUAGGUGGAAUGGUGAGACAAUUGUCACUCGAUCAAUUUGAAAAUGAAAGCAGACGCAUGCUUCCCAUAAACAGUGAUUCACCAUAUCCUACAAAAAAGUUCACCAGGCAGAAAUCCCCUCAGGGUUUACAUAAAAAGAUAAUUUCAAAUUUGCUCAGGCCUCGCAACUGGAAAGCGCCUGCAAAUAGGCGGUUCUUCUUGGAUUCUUAUGAAGUGGGUGAGCUUUGUUAUGCUGCUGAGCAAAUAUUUAUGCACGAACCAACUGUUCUUCAGCUGAAAGCUCCUGUCAAAGUAUUUGGUGAUCUUCAUGGUCAGUUUGGUGAUUUGAUGCGACUAUUUGAUGAAUAUGGAUUUCCUUCAACCGCAGGAGACAUCACAUUGAAUAUCCUGACAAUGUUCACUUGAUAUGUGGAAAUCAUGAAGCUGCUGACAUAAAUGCAUUAUUUGGUUUUCGUAUAGAGUGCAUUAAACGAAUGGGUGAAAAUGACGGCAUAUGGGCGUGGACAAGAUUCAAUCAACUUUUUAACCAUCUUCCACUCGCUGCACUUAUUGAAAAGAAAAUUAUAUGUAUGCAUGGUGGCAUUGGAAGAUCUAUCCAUUCAGUAGAACAGAUAAAGAAGAUUGAAAGGCCCAUAACAAUGGAUGCAAGAUCUAUUAUUUUAAUGGAUCUUUUAUGGAUGGUACAAAUGAGCAGUUAGGGAUUAUUCCUCGAGCUAUUGAAGAACUCUUUCGUCAAGCGUCAAUGGAUGCUUCAAUGGAUGCUAGACUGGAGAACACAUGAA